AUGGCGGCGGCUCUUCCCUACGCCUCUCGUUCAAACGGUGCAAGCAGCUCAAACGUCUCGCUGCCUCAUCACCGCCGAACCUCGCUCUCCUCAUUUCCCCCGUCGCGGUCUCCAUCGCAAAUGUCCUUCCAUUCGCGCCCAUCAAAGUCACCGCAGCCCCCCAUGGCCGAAACAGACCGGACUUCGGACCCGAGCAUGAAGUCCAAAGCUUCUUCCAUCGGGCCAUCUUCACAGCACUCAUCUCUCUCGGCAGCACGCCGAACGAACGAAGGGUCGUACCCACAGAAGCGAGUUCGAUCACAAUACCCUCGUGGAUCAGACGCCAGCCACGUCGAGUACAUCUUGGUGGCGUCGUUUGAUAUUGACCGUGGUCCGGUCAUGGAGCAUCAAUAUCCCGUUGCCAUCACUGGAGAUGAGAACAUGCUGGCUGAGCUGAUGCUUCCAGAUCAGGCUCACGCGCGAACUCAGGAUUGGACCAUGUUCUUCCUCCAUAAGGAUUCAUCGCCGGAAGACGAAGACGAAGAACGCAAGGCUAAAGCAAGGAGGAAAGCUCGAAGGCAGAGGCGCCGAGAUAAAGAAGCGGGGCUGGUCCCUGAGGGCGAGACUGAAUCUGAAGAAGAUUCGGAGGGGAGCGAAGAUGAUUUGGAUGAAGAGGAGGACGAGUCGUCAGAUGACGAGCCAGACGGCGGAGAGGGUCCGCCACUUAUCUAUGUGCUCAACUUGGUCAAUACCAAGCACGAUAAAACAGUGAAACGAGGAGCCAUUGUCAAGGCCAUGGCCAUUUGUACGAGGCAUCCCUUCUUGCAUAUAUACAAGCCGCUUCUACUCCUCGCAUUAGAAGAGUAUUAUAAAUCCCCAGUGCCUGAGACUCUAUCCAUGUUGUAUGAUGCGGUCAAUAACAUGGAUUUGUCUCUUAUGCCCAAGCUUAGCCUGCUUGAGAGAAACCUGCUGCUUGCAAGCGACAACAAAGAUUUGUUUGUUGAAAAGUUUGAGCGUAUAAUUCAGAUGCGUAUGGCAGAGGAAAGAGCCGAAACCGCCACCGAGGGAUCAAACGAGGUGACUGGCGGCAUCUCGCGGGCCGGUACCAAGGCUCACGUCGAGGGCGGCGGGCAGUCGACUUAUUCCGUGGCCAGAGAUACCCACGAAUUUGAGAGCAAGGUCAUGUACAAGGGCAUUCCUAUUCCUAUCAAAGUACCCACCGCUGUCAUGCCAGAGACGGUGGGCGACUUCUCGCUCAUUAAGUUGAUACAAAACUUUUCAGAGGCUCAUGCCAAGUCUCCGCAACCGUUUCCGCUACAUCCCCAUCUGACGACGAACGGAGUCAAUACGCAUCCCAUUAUUGUGCUGAUCAACGGGCUACUCACCCAGAAAAGAGUCAUUUUCCUGGGCCACAAUAUGCCUUCUGGGGAUGUGGCUGAAGCGGUCCUUGCAGCGUGUGCCCUUGCAUCUGGUGGCAUCCUCCGGGGAUUCACCCGACAUGCCUUCCCCUAUACCGAUCUGACCAAAGUCGAAGAUCUGCUCAACGUGCCAGGAUUCAUUGCUGGCGUUACCAAUCCUACCUUUGAGCUUCACCCGGAAUGGUGGGACGUCCUGUGCGAUUUGCCCAGCGGCCGCAUCAAGAUUAGUAGCAAGAUUGAGAUGGCGCCAGUUACUGAAGGGCUGAUCUACUUUCAGCAGCAGCAUCCCAGUCUUGCAAACACUGCCAGCGGAGUCUCCAAUAAUGCGCAGGACUUGACGGGUGACGCGGCCUUUAUGUCGGACAUUCUUAGGAGCAUUGCGGCAAGGCACGGCGAGCGGGUUAUCCGGGCUAAGUGGCGCGACUGGGUAAACCGAUUUACGAGAAUUGCGGCCCAGUUUGAAGAGAGUGUUUACAGCGCAUCUGCUCUGUAUAUCGGAGGCCAAGACCAGGACCUGGCGUUGCCGGGGGCCAGUGGCCACGGAUACGUGUGGGCAGAUGAUACUGCAAAAUUCAAGGAGCUGGCCGGCAAUGUGACGAGAAUUGAGGGCUGGCGUAACACACGCAGCUACUAUAGCUAUAUCCAGGACCUCGCACGGAUAUACACUGUUCGUCCGUUGAAGGGACUAGACUUGGCUCACAUGCAUGACCGUCUUCGCAUGCAGCGCCUAACGCCUUCACAGAGCAAGGACAUUUACCUCACGCUAUCCAAGCAUAUACACUCCUACGAGGAGGUAUGCCUGCUUCUAGACGUAGCGCCCGAGUCGCACGCAGGGCUGUUCUACAUUGCGCUGGGCCUCUUUCACAAGGACCGCGAAGUGCGCAUCAAGACGGCUGACUUGCUCGAGCGAAUAUCCGAUCAUGAAGCUGGUCAGCACUGGUGGAAGAGCCUCAGCCAGUUUGAGAAGCUGGCGUAUAAGCGGAUCCGUCGCGAGGCUGAGACGGAGAUGAAGUUUAAGGCGGAGAAGGAAGGGCUUGUUUUGAGUCCUGUCAUGGAGAAGAUGAUUAGCUGA